GUUCCCUUCUCAUUCAUCAUAUUCACAACUUGCAACCAAAUUCUUCAUCUGUUUUAUUAUACAACUUAAUCGAAACUACUUCAAUAUUUCAUCGGAAACGAACAAUCAAAGAAGUUAUCAGUUAAUCCAAGAAUAGAAAUGGCAGCUGCAACGUACGAGAAAGAUGAUCUAAAUUUAAAGGCAACUGAGCUAAGAUUAGGUCUACCUGGGUCAGAUAAUGAAGUGGAAAAACCAGCAUCUUCUACUAGUCUAAUUGCUGCUAAAGUUAGCAACAAAAGACUUUCAUCAGAGAUGGAUAAUGGAAAAAAUAAUGAAUCCACAUCAAAAGCACAAGUUGUUGGUUGGCCACCAGUUCGAUCUUACCGAAAGAAUGUUUUACAAGCAAGCUACGUGAAAGUUAGCAUGGAUGGAGCAGCUUACCUUAGAAAAAUUGACCUUAAUCUUUACAAAAGCUACACAGAGUUACUCAAGGCUUUAGAAAACAUGUUCAAGUGUUCCAUUGGAGUAUACUCAGAAAGAGAAGGUUACAAUGGAUCUGAUUAUGUACCAACUUAUGAAGACAAAGAUGGUGAUUGGAUGCUUGCUGGUGAUGUACCUUGGGAUAUGUUUAUCAACUCUUGCAAAAGGCUUAGAAUUAUGAAAGGAUCUGAAGCUAAAGGUUUAGCAUCUUUGUAGACUGUGACGGAUCCAGAAUUUAGAUGAUGGGUUGGUCUUGCGUUCGAAAAGUUCUGAAAUAUUUAUCUAACUCUAUCUACUUGUGUUUUCACGACACACCGUAUAAGGUUCGGCUUCAAAGUACUGGAUUAGAUCUGCCGAAUCUGCAAACUCAUUGUUGGAUCCGCCACUACGUGUAGAAUCCGCUAAUUGGGUUCUUCAAGAAACUGGGAAAUAUAUUCAGAUCUGCAAUCAAAUCAACGUGAACAAGAAAGAGAGAAGGUCUGGGGAUUAUUUAUAUCUCCAUGUUUUUAGUCUUGUAUAGAGAAAGUAUAGCUUCAGCUUUUCUUGUACAAAGAGUUUUUUGUAUUUGUUUUUUGAAUGUAUUUUCAAAGAGUAUAUACAUAUACAUAUA